AUGUCGAAUAAUAAAGGAUCAUUGGAAUGUCUUCCAAUUUAUUCAUUUUUCUUUCCGAAUGAAAAAGGCUCUAGCUUAUAUAACGCUUAUGACCAAAGUGAGGUAGAGGAUAAAUUAGUUAUCAAAAUCGACCAAGAUGGUGAUCAUGCUCCCAAAUUUUCUGUUACAAAUGACGUCUCAGAAGUAUAUAGUUUACCUGGGAUUCACAAAUGUAAUAAUGGUCAAAAGCCUUUAAGAGCUGUGAUUGAUAUUGAUACGUCAAAAGAAGAUAUGGAAACUGCUAGUGUUAAGGAACAAGAAGUAAUUAUUCGAAUCUGUUGCUCUUUCAUAAGAGCUUUGUAUCGAAUUCUUGACUGUAGUUGGGAAGAUAUUCUUAAGGGGUUAGUAAUUGCCACGUCUUCAGAUCCUAGCAAGUGUAGCUACUAUAUUUUAUAUGCACUGACUCUCCUUAUCGACCAUUAUAAGCUCAAAGCACUCACCGAAUUAGUUUAUACCUUAACUGGAGAAAAAUUUGGCAAAUACAUUGAUAGAGGAUUUCCUGGUCAAAAUUUUAACCUUCGUCUUAUUGGUUCGGCAAAAAAAGGUCGCGUAAAACACAUUCUUCAAUUCUCUUUAGAUAAUGGCUGGAAUGAACUUGAUCAUAUUAUGGUUCAACCGCCUUCUAGUUUGAAACUUGAAAGAUUGGACUAUCGAAGAAAAGGAAGAGACAAAGGAAAACUUCGUAUAUUUCAACCGGAAAGGUCCACUAGAAUACCCACUAUGUAA